AUGGCAAGAUCAUAUAUGUUCGAUGAUAAAACCACAGAAAACAGAAGGAAGAUGAGAGAGGAAAAGCAGGUUGAAAUACGGCAACAGAAGAAAGAGGACUUCCUAAGCAAGAAGCGCAAUCUUUCGGUAACGAUGUCAACAAUCUCCAAUUUUAUUCCCAUGCGAGAAAAACUGUUCAGCAGGGAUUUGGAGCAGGUGCAUCAGGGCAUAUACGAGUUCAGAUCGCUGUUGAGUGUUGAGGAUUCGCCACCGAUUCAGCCUGUUGUUGACUCUGGAUGUGUUCCUAGGUUUGUUGAGCUGAUGGACAUGGGUUUUUUGCUGUCAUCUGAAAUGGUUAUGAAUGAGGUUGCUGUUUCUGCACUUGCACGCGAUUCUCCUGAGUUUGGGAUGGCAGCUGAGCUUGCGAAUAAAAUCCGGGUGGAAGCAGCAUGGGCCAUAACGAACAUUUCUUCUGGCACAACACAGCAGACAAAGACAGUGAUCGAUUGCGGAGCUGUGCCGCUGUUAGUGCAGAUGCUGCUGGAUGGAAAUGAUGCGGUUGUUGACCAGAGUGUUUGGGCACUUGGAAACAUAGCUGGGGACUCUGAAGGAAUGAGGAAUAUUAUUUUGGAUACUGGGGCAUUGGAUAUUAUUUUAAGGUUGCUUGUGAAGCUGUAUGAAAGUUCAACACACAUAAAGAUAGUCAGGAAUCUUACAUGGCUUCUGUCGAAUCUGAACAGAGGAAGGAAUCCGCCGCCCCAGGAUGAGAAUAUGAAGAAAUCGCUUGAUGUUCUUUUCAAGCUGAUUACGAUUCGAGACCCGGAGGUUGCGAGCGAUGCGUUCUGGGCACUUAGCUACAUUGUGGAUGUAAGCAUGGAGUGCAGCGAUAUUGUUCUUAGCAGCGGUACGAUGAACAAGACGUAUUCUCUCCUUGAUGCACUUACAAACAGGCUCGAUGGAAUGCCGUACUCGACUGAGGAGGCGAAGAUAUGCCUGUGUGCGAUUUCUCCCAUAAUAAGGAUGAUAGGAAAUAUUGCAACCGGAUCUGACGAUCAAACAGACGUGCUUAUCAGGAUGGGGUUUCUUAGGUUUUUUAAGCCGAUUUUCUAUAGGCUGGAGAAUAAGAAGCAGCCAAGACUGCGGAAGGAGAUAUGCUGGACACUGUCAAACAUUACUGCUGGGACUGCUGGGCAUGCAAAGGCGGUUGUUGAUGCAGACCUGAUCCUGCUUCUAAUUGAUUCGAUGUCAUCGUAUGAGCUGUUUAUAAGGAAGGAGGCGUGCUGGGCGAUUCUGAACCUGCUGUACCAUUGCAACAACCUUCCGAACAACUCUGAUACAAAGUUUGACUGGAUCCGCUUAUUGAUGGACAGCAAUCUGAUUGAUGCAUUACAAAGCUAUCUGGAGGUUAUUCCGAAUGUUCCGGAGAUGCAGUGCCAGAUCCUGGAUUGCUUCAGAUAUGCACUGAAUGGAGGAAAGCAAUGGAGCCUUAAGUACGAAAGGAAUCCGGUGUAUGAGAGGAUGGUUGAGAUCGACACAGUUGAUGCGAUUGAGGGGCUACAGGACAGCCACGAUAGGGCGGUCUCUGACAAGGCGUAUUCGAUUAUUGUUGAUUUCUUUGAUGGUGUGGAUAAUUAA